AUGACGGAAUCAUCAUCCUCCGCAGAAGUUACUACCAAGACGUUACCAGAUGUUCUUUCGUUUUGGUUUCCAAAACCAGGAGGAUCUCCUGAUGGUAGCAGAGAAUACAUGAACGAUCCCAGCUACAUUGGCAGUCAGAUGAACGAUUGGUUCUUUGGUGGUGAUGCCAUGGACGAAAAAUCUCGAGCAUUCCGAUCCUUGAUUCGAAGUGAAGGUGCCAAACAUUCGGCCAGUGAAUUGGACAAGAAUAGUCAUGAAGACUUGAUCGCCAAGAUAGUCUUGUUUGAUCAAAUUGUGCGGAAUGCCUUUCGGGCCGAUCCCGAAGCCUUUGCCUACGAAGACCAGGUGAAGGAAAUUUUGGAAUAUUUAUUGCAAGUCACUGAUGACAAACAAACAGAAAUCUCGGAAGACGCCCUGUCGGCAUUUGUCAACAGGGAAGAUGUCACCUUUUGUGACUGUUACUUUGUCGGGGUCGCCCUUUCGCACCAGGAGAAAGCCAUCUUUCAUGGGGUUGAUAUUCGCAUGUAUGACUACGUUGCCAAGAGAUGGCCCGAUACCCAAAAAAUGGUGGACCAAGCGGUGGAGUUUGCCGAGCACCACGUGGCAGUCUUGAGACGAUUUGGACGAUACCCACAUCGAAAUGAGCAAAAGGGUCGAGAGUCGACUCCCGAAGAACAAGCCUGGUUGGACGAUUAUGAUAACCUCCCAGGUUGGGCAAAAAGUCAGUUGACGAAAAAGGAGUAG